CUGCACGCUCCCUGCCCGCCACCUGCGGCUCUUCGCUUCCCGGUCCCUCCUCCUCCUCCUGCUGCUGCUGCCGCCUGCCUGCCUGCCUGCCCGCCCUACCUGGCCGCGGCCACGUCAGGGGCUCCUGCGAACGCGUCUGCAACUCCCGCUCGCUCGGAUCCCGCCGCCCGCCCGGAGUAGCCACCAUGAUCCCUGCCCGAGGCGGGGGCUCCAUGCCGCCGCCCCCCAAUGUCACCGCCUACUACCCCCCGCCGCGCAUCACCCUCCCCUCCGGUGUGGAGAUCCUGCGCACUUACUCGGGGGCCUUCAUCGGCCUAGAAAUCCUGUUUGGAGCACUAGUCUGGAUUUUAGUAGCUUCCACCAAUGUCCCUUUGCCACUGCUACAAGGCUGGGUCAUGUUUGUGUCCGUGACAGCCUGUUUCACCUCGAUCUCCUUCCUCUGCGUGUUUCUCUUCAGUUAUAGAGAGAGAAUCGCCAUUGAUUGGAACCGUUUGGAUUUUCUUUACCACGCAGGCGUCUUCGUCUUUUAUUUCGGAACCUUUCUACUGCAAGCUGCCACAACCUCUUUGCAUGCUCAUCCAUUAAAGACCAGGUUCAAUCUCCAGAUCAACAGUACCACCUAUGAAAAUCUUUUAAAUGAGCAUGAAUAUAACUUGAGCAUAGCAGCUACUAUUUUUGCCUUUGCGACAACUGCGUGUUAUGGGUGCAGCACAGCCCUUGCUUUAAGAAGAUGGAAACUAUAGCACUAGAAGAGGCAAGCGGCUCCAAAGCAUCCCAUCGAGUUUAUGUACCUGUUCCAGUGAUCAAAUUGAUGUACAGCAUCCAUUGAAAAAGAAUGGAGGUUCAAAGGAUGUCUGGAAUACAUUUAUAUUUUUCUAAAAAGUUGACACACAUCCAGAAAAAGUUCAUGUUAUAAUCAUAUAUCAAAUAUAUAUAUUUGACGGGGGUUGGGGGGGGCAUUUUUAAGCUACAUCAAAAAUGCCCCCCUGCUUUCACGCUCCCAUUCACAGGCCACAAAAGUGCAGUCACAUUUUUGGCCAAGUUCUUGGGGGCAGGAUAAAUUGUUAACAUUUUUGGACUUUGGAGGAGGGCAUACCUGGACAAAUGGUGCCAAUAGUGGAAGUGGCUUUUGUCUGUGUGUUUUUCUUUAACAAAUAGCUGGCCACUAUUUGCAGGCGCCAUCUUUCCCCACACACACACACACGCACA